AUGUCCUGCUACAACCCGUGCCUGCACUGUCAGCCCUGUGGCCCAACCCCACUGGCCAACAGCUGCAAUGAGCUCUGUGUGCAGCAGUGCCAGAGCUCCACCGUUGUCAUCCAGCCCCGCCCCCUGCCCGGUCCCAUCCUCAGCUCCUUCCCACAGAACACCGUUGUGGGCUCCUCCACCUCUGCUGUUGUUGGCAGCAUCCUGAGCUGUGAGGGCAUCCCCAUCAACACUGGGGACUUUGACCUCACCUGCAUCACCAGCUACUACUGUGGCAGAAGGUGUGUUCCCUGCUAA